ACAUCUCGUCCAUCGUCCGAGAAAAGCUAUCGCGCAUUCAGUGUAGUGCCGUAGCUAUCCCGACGAUUCAUAUACCUAAGUUGAUUAUCACUGUCUCUCUUAUCUCUGUUUCACGUACGCUGACCUGACCUUAUCAUCAGCCACUACAUCUGGAGCACCGUAAGUCAGACACUGAUUAGACAGACGCCUUGACGUCCACCAAAGCAGGACCAGCCCUUCAGGAAUAAAACCACCUCAAAAGACCCAUCUCUCGAGAAUCACUUGAAAGGAACCACCAUGGCACGCUUUCUUCUGGCUUCAGUGCUCAUCCUUGGCUGUGCUUCUACUUUGGAAGCCAAUUUUCAUUGCGACGGCACCAAUGGAGAUACAACGGGUUUUCCCAAAGAGGUGUGCUACAUUGAGAAGUGCACCGGUGCUAUCAAGAGUCAUAUCAAGAAUGAGUUUGACGCAGCCUUCUUAUACAUGCAUAUGGGGGCCUACUUUGCCCAGGACACCGUAGCUAGACCUGGUAUGGCCAAGUUUAUGCUAGAAUCCGCAUCGGAGGAGAGGAGCCAUGGCAUCCUUAUGCUUGACUAUCUCAACAAGCGAGGUGUCCCUAUCAAAGAUGAUAUCCAUUUUACAUUUAAUGAGACUAAUAUCAGUGGUGAACAUAAAAAAGAAUCCCUUACCCUGCUUAUGGCGCUCGAAACGGCUCUCACGAUGGAGAUGACUGUUACAAACCAGAUUCACCACGUCGUUAAGGAAUGCGAGCAUGACUACCAUGGAGCCGACGUGUUCACCAACCCCAUUUUAGACGAGCAGCACGAAGGCAUCCGUAAACUUCAGGGCGCCAUCCAGGAAUACAAAAACCUUCUGCAUGGCCACGACGAUCACGAUGAGAAGGCCAUGGUGGACUUCAUCUUUGACCAAAAGCUUUUGAAGGAAUCCCUUUAAGUACCGUACCUUUGGAGGGCAAAGCAUCAACGAUUUUUAGAGUGCCAUUUUAUUUGUAGUCUGUGCUUAUUUUCAUCCCCGUAAAGCAGUUCAUGCUAAACGGAACCAGGGUUAUCAGCAAGGAGGCCAACUGAACAAGAUAUUCAUAUUUCUCCUGC